GUACGCCCGUGUCUAAACCGCUUGCCGAAAAAUCCCGCGAGACAAAUCGAGGCGACGCGCGCGUUCGAGAGCUCGUUCCCGCGACAUCGAUGGCGUCGAGCAGCAGCAGCAGCAGCGACGAUCUCGCCGCGAGCACCAUCGACCUCGCGCUCGAGGAGAAGAUCGCCGCCAACGCGCUCGGCGGCGGCAAUGGCGGCGCGGAGGAGGAGGCGGCGGCGUGGGAGAUCGACCUGUCGAAGCUGAGCAUCCGCUCCGUCGUGGCGCAGGGGUACCACGGCACGCUGUUCCGGGCGGACUACGGCGGCCACGACGUCGCCGUGAAGGUGCUCGACUGGAGGGAGGACGGCUACUCGACGCCGGAGCAGAUCGCCCACCUGCGCGCGUCGCUCGCCGACCUCGCCGCCGUCUGGCACUCGUUCGAGCACCCCAACGUGGCGCGCUUCUUCGGCGCGUCCAUGGGCACCACCGACCUCAACAUCCCGGCCGCCGCCUCCGCCGCCGGCGGCGGCGAGCAGCGCAACACCGGCGAGAAGCCGCCGGCGGACAGGGCGUGCUGCGUGGUGGUCGAGUUCCUCGGCGGCGGGACGCUCAAGAAGUACCUGAUCGAACACUACCGGAGCAAGCUCCCCUACGGCGAGGUCGUCCGCCUCGCGCUGUCCAUGGCGCGCGGCCUCAGCUUCCUCCACGCCAACAAUAUCGUCCACCGCGACGUCAAGACGGAGAACAUGCUCUUCCUCGGCGGCGGCGGCGGCGGCGACCUCAAGAUCGCCGACUUCGGCGUGGCCCGCGUGGAGGCGCGCGACCCGAGGGAGAUGACCGGCGCGACGGGCACGGUGGGGUACAUGGCGCCGGAGGUGCUCGUCGGGAAGCCGUACAACCGCAAGUGCGACGUGUACAGCUUCGGCAUCUGCCUGUGGGAGACGUACUGCUGCGAGAUGCCCUUCACGUUCGGGCUCAGCGUCGCGGAGGCGUCGGCGGCGGUGGCGCAGCGGGGGAUGCGGCCGCCGAUCCCGCCGUGCUGCCCGCCCGCCAUGGCGCGCGUCAUGGCGAGGUGCUGGGACGCCGACCCGGCGGCGCGGCCGGAGAUGGAGGAGGUGGUGCGGAUGCUGGAGGCGCUCGACACGAGCAAUGGCGGCGGGAUGGUGGCGCCGGGGAAGAUGAAGAAGAAGAAGAAG